AGUGUUGAGCGGAGAGCUUGGUCUCGCGGGCGGGUGACGUAAUUCGGUUGGAGGCGGGAUUGCAGGCGGUGGGCGGGAGGCUGCCAACGGUUUUGAGAGCUAGUAUCGCGCUAGGAAGGGGUGGCCUUUGGUCUUUCUCUGUGGAGGUUAUGGGCUUUGGGGGACAGUCCUCCUCAUCUUGGCAAACCAGGGCCGACAUGCUCAGAGUAGUCGGGACCAGGAGGUCGCGGUAGAGAACCCCAGGCGGCUGGUUGCCGCAUGUGUGUGUUUGUGUGUCUGUGUGUGUGCGCGCGCGCCCCUUUUAUAGAGAUUUCUUAGGGUGGGAUAGGGAGGAAUCUACGGACCUCUACUGUGGCUUUCUUAUCAGAAGGGAUUGGGGGAAAAUCGAGGGAGUCGACUCCGGGUGGGACAGGUGAAGUAGGGGCGGAAGGGGGGUGUCGUGACAUUAAAGUCUUGCGUCUUCCUUCACUAAAACAAAUUGAGGGACAGACAUUGGGCUAGUUUUGUUUUGAAGUCUGUUUCAGUUUGCACAUUUUGAGUGUGAAAAAAAAAAGUAACCGUGGUUAACCCGUGCCGAAACUGAUUUGCAAUUUCCAGGACCCAGUUAGGGACUGUAGCAGUUCUGUCGCCCUGCAUGUAGGUCUUCUGCCCAUUCCCUUGACUUUCUGUCUUGCACAUCCGCUUUUUGCCGUUCCCAGGAGUUGGGAGAAGGAGUGUAUUCUCCCUUUCCAUGGCCUCUGGAGUCAGUGGACACUCCUCUAACAAGAAAGCCCUGAUACCCUCCUUUGUUGAGGACCCAAAGUGUCUUCCUUCCAAAUCUUCCUUCUUGGUAAACUUAUCCAAAAGUUUGGACCUUCUCAAAACUGAGCCAGGAGUUCCCAGUUCCCCGCUGUUCCAGUUGUCUCUUCACUGCACAUGGCUACAGCAGCCCCCAGUCCCAGUUCUCCUCUUCGAUCAGAGGACCUCCUGAGUGAUUCCUCAGAGCCUCCCGGGUUGAACCAGGUGUCCUCGGAAGUGACCUCCCGGCUCUACACUUCUUUGCAUCUCAGCCGGCAAGCUGAGGCCACAGCCCGAGCCCAGAUGUAUCUAGCUUCCAGCUCCUCACCUCCUAACGAGGGCUUAGACAGCUUGGCUCAAGAACUGAGUCGAAGCUUGUCAGUCGGAUUGGAAAACAACUUGAAGAAAAAGGAUGGGUCUGAGCACAUCUUUGAGAUGGAAAGUGUUCGGGGUCAGCUCCAGACUAUGCUCCAGACCUCACGUGAUGCUGCCUAUCGGGAUCCCCUCAUUCCAGGAACUGGUUCAGAGAGACGAGAAGAGGACUCCUUUGACAGUGACAGCACAGCUACCUUGCUCAACACCCGGCCUCUGCAAGACCUGUCUCCAUCCAGCUCAGCCCAGGCACUGGAAGAGUUGUUUCCCCGCUAUACCAGCCUUCGGCCAGGGCCCCCCACAAACCCCCCAGAUUUUCAGGGGCUGAGGGAUGCACUUGACUCAGAGCUUACACGCAGAAAGCAUUGUGAGCGCCACAUUCAGAGCCUACAGACUCGAGUGCUUGAGUUGCAACAACAGCUAGCUGUGGCUGUGGCUGCUGACCACAAGAAAGAUCUCAUGAUUGAACAACUAGACAAGACUUUGGCUCGAGUGGUGGAGGGCUGGAAUCGCCAUGAGGCUGAGCGGACAGAGGUGCUGCGGGGACUUCAAGAGGAGCGCCAGGCAGCAGAACUCACCAGAAGCAAGCAGCAAGAAACAGUAACUCGCCUGGAACAAAGCCUUUCUGAGGCCAUGGAAGCCCUGAGUCGUGAGCAGGAGGGUGCCAGAUUGCAGCAGAGGGAAAGAGAGGCACUGGAAGAAGAAAGGCAAGCCCUGACUCUGAGGUUGGAGGUGGAGCAGCAGCAGUGCCAGACCCUCCAGGAAGAGCGGGAUGAGGCUAGGGCUGGGCAGCUCAGUGAGCGCCGGAAGCUGGAGGCCCUUCAAGUUGCUCUACAAGAGGAAAGGCAGGCCUGGAUCAAGCAGGAACACCAGCUGAAGGAACGCCUUCAGGCACUGCAGGAGGAAGGCCAGGUUCAGCUGGAAAGAGAGAAGGGGAACAGCCAGAGGGAGGCCCAGGCAGCCCGGGAGGCCCAGCAGCAGUUUGCACUGCUGCAGUCUGAGGUGCGGCGGCUGGAAGGGGAUCUGGACACAGUCCGGAGAGAGAGAGAUGCACUGCAGCUGGAGAUGAGCUUGGUCCAGGCCAGAUAUGAGAGCCAGCGGAUCCAGAUGGAGUCAGAGCUGGCUGUACAGCUGGAGCAGCGGGUGACUGAGCGGCUGGCAGAGGCUCAAGAGAACAGCCUGCGGCAGGCCGCCUCCCUCAGGGACCAUCACAGGAAGCAGCUACAGGAACUCAGUGGACAGCACCAACAGGAACUGGCUGCCCAGCUGGCUCAGUUCAAGGUAGAAAUGGCUGAACGAGAGGAGCGCCAGCAGCAGGUGGCUCAGGACUAUGAGCUCAGACUGGCAAGGGAGCAGGCUCGAGUGCGUGACCUGAAGAGUGGCAACCAGCAGCUGGAGGAGCAGCGGGUGGAGCUGGUAGAGCGACUCCAAGCCAUGCUGCAGGCCCACUGGGAUGAGGCCAACCAGCUGCUCAGUACCACGCUUCUGCCUCCCAACCCUCAGGCUCCUCUUGCUGAACGCUCCAGCCCUGGGCCUCUGGAGCCAGAGAAGGAGGAGAGAAGGGUCUGGGCCAUGCCUCCUAUGGCCGCCGUGGCCCUGAAACCUGUGUUGCAGCAAAGCCGAGAAGUGAGGGGUGACCUGCCUGGAGCUCAGUCUGUUUUCUGUAGCACCUCCCCAGAUCUGAGCCUCCUGCUAGGACCCUCUUUCCAGAACCAGAACUCCUUUCAGCCCUUGGAACCCAAGCCUGAUGUGGCUCCACCCACAGCUGCACCCUUCUCUGCAUUGGAGGCUUUCGCUGCUGACCAUAGAGCAGAACGCCCAUUUCCUGAGGAAGACCCUGGAUCUGAUGGUGAUGGGCCCCUAAAAGCAGUGCUGCCACCUGCUUCUCAGCUUGAAGGCCUCAAGAAUUUUUUGCAGCAGCUGCUGGAGACUGCACCUCAGAGCAAUGAAAACACUUCUGCUGACCUGUUGCCCCCUAAGUCUGGCUCUCGGGCUGUCUCAUCUUGGGAGGAAGCCCCUCAAGUGCCUCGACUUCCACCUCCUGUCCACAAGACUAAAGUUCCCUUAGCCAUGGCGUCUAGUCUUUUCAGGGUCCACGAGCUUCCCUCAUCCAAUCUGCAAGGCAGUGGUCUCAGCACUGGCUCCCCAGAGAGAGGUACAGAUGGGCUCAGCCCCCCAAGGCAGCUGAUGGAAGUGUCUGAGCUGUUACGCCUGUACCAGGCUCGGGGUUGGGGUGCUCUGCCUGCUGAGGACCUGCUACUGUAUCUGAAGAGGCUAGAACAUGGCGGGACUGAUGGCCAAGGGGAACUUGUCCCCAGAAGAAACACAGACUCCCGUUUGGGUGAGAUCACUCGGAAAGAGAUCCCCUCCCAGGCUAUCCCUCGACGCCUUGCUUCAGCCCCUAAGACUGAAAAGCCUGCACGGAAGAAGAGUGGGCAUCCUGGCCCUGGCAUGAGGAGUCGGGGAGGCAUCUGGAGAUGAGGCCCACCCUUCUGUCUUCCACCAUUCAUUUUAAUUAGUGCCCUGGAGUCUGUGUCAGAGGAAUAUGAAAAAUGGAGAUUUUGUAUGAAGCUACUUUGUGAAGAAACCUUUAAAAAUACUAUUUCAGUAUUUUAGAAUAUAUUUGUUUUCUAUGAGAAAGCACACGGCGUCUUAGAGGCUGGCAUGUGACUAGGUGUCUGAGUGGCCCGGAGUGCAGUAUCUGCUUGCAGUGCUUAGCUGCUCCAUAGUAGAAUUAUGAGUGACUCUCUUCUUUUUGUGUAAUUUGCAUUUUGUAUAUUUUCUGAAAUAAGUAUGUAUUACUUUAGUGAUCAAAAACUCCCAGACUUUUAAUAAAAGAGUAAAUUAUUGCAU